GCUGCGCAGAACACCCGAGGUGGGCAGCAGCCGAUGCAAAAUAAAUCGAAGCAGGCUGUGGUGUUGUGAGGUGCGCAGUGAGGUUUGCUUCGCAUUUUCUGCGAUAUCACCGCUCUCCGUGAGUGUCCGGUGUUCAGGCGUUGCGUUUUGUGUCUACGGGCAUCGAAACAUCUAACGAGCUGUCGGGAAAGUGCUUAUGGAGGUACUGCAUCACGCUGUUCUCGAUUUUAGUACCAGUAAUGGCAGCCUGGUGGUUGAGGUGAUAUCGCAGAUGUGCAGCGAGACCCAUCGUCCUAGUUGAGCGGAUGAUUCUGAUCCGGCUUUUAUGGAUGUGAUGUUCGUCUCGUGCAAGCCAGACGAGACGGCGAGAGUGGCACACAAAUAGACGGAUGUGUUGCAGGUGGUGGCGGGCGGAUAGGCUGAGCCAGGGAGCGGGCCAGGGCCAGGGGCAGGUGCAGGCGCAGGUGCAGGCGCAGGGCCAGCCGGGCCAGGCGGCACCCGCACCCGAGCAGCGGCCGCGGCGCGCAGCCGGCCUGCAUGGCAGGGCCGGCCCCACCACCAUGGUCAAGACGUUCCAGGCCUACCUGCCCAACUGCCACCGCACCUACUCGUGCAUCCACUGCCGCGCCCACCUCGCCAACCACGACGAGCUCAUCUCCAAGUCCUUCCAGGGCAGCCAAGGAAGGGCUUACCUCUUCAAUUCAGUGGUGAACGUGGGAUGUGGCCCUGCAGAAGAGAGAGUCCUGCUCACAGGACUCCAUGCUGUUGCCGAUAUAUACUGCGAGUGCUGCAAAACAACACUGGGGUGGAAAUACGAACAUGCUUUUGAAUCAAGCCAGAAGUAUAAGGAAGGCAAAUACAUCAUCGAGUUGGCUCACAUGAUAAAAGAAAAUGGUUGGGAUUGAACAACAGUUUAGCCCAAUGUUGCCUCAUGGGAGGCUCCCAGAUUGUCCCACACUGCAUGCAUACUUGGAUGAUCUUCUGUAUUGUGAGAAUUUAAUUUGUGUUGAAAACCAGAAGAAUAGAACCAGUGAAGGAAAUGAACCAUGACAUUGUGUGGUAACACACAAGACUCCACACAUGUGUGCCUGCACCCAGUGGUGUUAGCAAAGAGAGUGUACUGAAAGGAACAGAAGCGCUCUUCUUGGUCUUAAUAAAGAAGAAAGUAAAAGUAAAUAUAUGUUACAAGAAUGUGCAUUCGACAUCGACAGAGACAAUUAUAAGAUAUGUGUUACUUGAUGAACAGGCUCUAGAGAUAAGUUACAGAUUUCUAUGCUUAGUUUGCACUGUUCACUGUUUUUAUAUCUAUAAAAGAAAGCAUUAAAUGUGGGAGUCGGUAUUAGACCUAUGGACGCAAAGUGAAGUCCACGUUGUUUUAUCUAUUGGGUACCUGGCGGCAGAAGGAAGCGGAGCGUCAUGCAUCCGCAGAGAUCUGAAAAGUUAUAUUAUGUACUUACUGUGUGCCAGGUGAGGCGAUGGCCACUGACUGCAUGCUCGGCUGUAGUGCUGAGGCAGAAACUGCUUUUCAGUUUGUGUGAAUUAAGUCUGACAAUUUGCUUACUGAUAAUGUUUUCUCCAGAUAUGCAGUUGUGGACUUUACCAUUGCAAGUUUAGCUUGAUGUGAUAAGUGGUGGCAGUCUUAUCUUUUAUUUGCAUCAGAGUGAUCUUGAUUAAUUCAUACAGUUGUUGGAGAGUUUGGUUGAUGAAUGCUGUGAGCUUUUUUUGACACUUUAGACUUAAGUGUACUUAAGGAAGAAAAUUCAGUUUAAAAAGCUUUUAAUAAUUUGAAUAAUCAUGUCUCACUUUGCUGCAGAAAAGAGAAAUUGCCAUCACAACUCUUUUUUGGUAACCCAGUCUAGUCUUUCAGUCUGUGCAUUCAUUAUUAUUUCCCUUGUAUUAGAUAGUAUUUGUACGAAUUUUUGUUUUUCUUUAUGUCCUCUUUUUUUUCUUUCUUUCAGUCCUCACAUGUUUAAUUUGGAGGUAGUUCAGGGGUAGAUAUCAUCUUUCCAGGAUACAGUGAAAACACUUACACUUUGAACUUCAUCAUUCGAAUAUUUUCUUUCUACCAAUUUCAUGUUGACAUUGUCAGAUGAAUGGAACAUUUUGUUUCUUUGAAUUUUUUUUUUUUAA